AUGGGAAACACCGAGUCGGAGAAGGACGAGCUGUCCAAGGAGGAAAAAAUAUCAGCAGAAAAAUACGCAAAAAGCCUGGCGCAGUAUGAGAACUCCCUGGCACUUGACAGGCCCAGCACUUUUUUGAAGAUACUGAAGGUGCCGGGGCUUGUCUUUUUUUCAGGUAUCGGCGGGUACAUCUUGGGGUGGCUGGAGUUCAAGCCGUGGGUUAUCAUACCCUUGCUUUACGCGAUUGGCUUUGUGUUCAUCCGGCGGAUAAAGGAGUUUAAGAGAAGCAUGGAGGCUUUUGUGUACUUUUCCAUACGGAAGCAGAACGUCUCCAAGUACGAGAAGGUGGACUGGAUGAAUGCCGUCGCCGAGAAGGCGUGGAGGUACGUGGAGUCAACGGUGUCAAAAAUUCUUCUUCUGCGGAUCAGCGCCAUGCUUAGAAACAUAAAAAUCCCGAUGGUCAACGACAUCCGGCUGGACAGGUUUACGCUGGGCGGACAGGCGCCUGUGAUAGAGGGAAUCCGCAUUCGGCACUCCAGUAGAGACUCUUUGAUUGUGGACGUGGCCAUGCACUUCAUACCUGCAAUGGCAAAAGACCUCCAGGGAACUCCCGGGGAAGCCAGCAUAAACUGGGGGUCCAACAUCACCAUGGCGGUCCGCGUGGGAGGUGCAGCUGCGGGCAUAGACAUGCCUGUGACUCUGAAAAACGUCUCUUUCAGGGGGAGCGUCCGGCUAAAGAUAAACUUCACAUACGAUGCAAGCGUUAUCGAAGGCGUUGAGUUUUCUUUCCUGAAGCAGCCUGUAAUUGGGUUCAACAUAGUCCCUCUGAAGAUCAUAGACAUAAUGGACAUUCCCGGGCUGGCGUCUGGCAUCAAGAAGGUGAUUGAAAUGGGCAUACAGAAAGAGGCCCUGUACCCAAAGAGGAUAUCAGUCGCCAUGAAGCCAAAGUCCAUGUACUAUGUGGGCGCUAUAUCUGUGCACAUACAUAAGGUCGUCACCCACCUCAAAGGAGACAUCUUCCUGUCGAUAGGAAUAAACGGAAGGAAAGGCCGGAAUCCCGUGCGGAUUUCCCAGGGCGAAAUCAACCACGUGGCAUACAUUCCCAUUAAGAACACAGACGAUAUGAUCUUUAUAUUUAUUCAGAAAAAAGAAGACGAGUCUCCAAUUGCCAUGGGGACAAUGUCAAUUGAAAAAAUAUGCAUGCAGGGAAGAGCGCAGGGAAUAGUGCCGUUCUCAAACUCGCAAGGGUACACGGACGUCUCGUUUUCAUACUAUCCAAAGAUCGACGUGGGCAAGAUUUCCGAGGAGGAGCGCCCGAAGUCUGCAAUUGUCACUGUCAAGCUGGUCCAGCUGAUAGACAUGGUAGACGUCCUGGGUGCGCCAUACAAAAGCCUGACCGUGCAGGCGACUGCAUGCAUGCGGCAGAAAAGAGUGCGGAACAAGGACCCAGCCAGCAUGUCUGCAGCCGAGCUUAUGCCCGAGGAAAAAAACAGCGCCAGUCCAGGCAUGUCCGUUACAAACGAGUCCUCCACAGAGUCAGACGAGGACCUGAAAAAACAGUCACGCACGCACCUUCUAAGCAACGAAGUACUUGGCGUGUUCAAUACCGGAGUUGCUCGAAACGAGGCAUGUCCAGCAUUUGACGACAAAUUCGUGUUCUACACGCGGGACACAAAAAGAACCAUUAUUCUUAUUGAGGCAAGAGACAAAGACAAAGUUUUGGGAAGUUUCAGCGUAAACAUCCGGAGGGGUGUCUCCAUAUCGUACGGGACCUUUGACUUCUGGCACAUGGCUGCAGGGCGUGCAAAGCUUCUUUUCUCGGCGGAGUAUGCGUGCAUGAUCAAGAUAAACAUGCAGAAGUACACGCACAUUCGGAUGGUGAAGAUAGACGGAAUAGAGACAAAGGGCGUGUUUUCAGGGUAUUUGGUAACGGCAAACAGGGUAGUUCCUGUCCGCCCGUUUUUCUCGCAUGCCACAGGAAAGUACUCCGGGUAUGCGCUUGUCCCCAUCCUGAGCACGCACGAGGUCACAAAGUACGUGGCAUACUUAAUGGACGAGGUCUAUGGCGGGUGCGACGUUAUGUCUGGAGAGUCCUACCUGGGCGAGGCCAAGAUAAAGAUGCAAACGGAAGACUACCCGCUGCACAAAACCGAGGAGAAGGACGAGAGCCUACCUGCACCCCCGGAGAAGGCGCUUGAGGAGAAGAAGCUUGAAGGCAGCCCGCAAGAGAAGGGCGAAGUGGAAGCCUCCAGCCUGCAAAAUGUGCAGUCCAGCACAGACGAGAAGGCGGCCAGCACGGAAUGCGUGGACGGUGGUUUUUCGCCAUUUAUACAGAUGCGCGUGGUUUUCUGCCGGGUCAACCAUCCGAUUUUCCUGGAGUUUGCGAAAGACGACAUAGUCAUCGACAGAAGCGCGUCAAGCUCGGGGAAAAAGUUGCACGGAGAGUUUUUCUUUUUCACGAAUGUGAGCAUAUCCGUAUACACCGUGAAGGAGGGCUUCCUCAUUGGAAAGUUCUACCUGUCGAAGUCCAGUGGCAGGCACGAGAUUAAGCUGGCGCACAAACAGCUCUUUGUAAUUGACGUGUACAACAGGCAGUACAGCGGACUUUCUGCUCCUUUGAUACACCACGGCCUUCUCUCCGUGCACAUUUUGGGCAUGCAGGCCUCUGAAGCGGCUGAGCUGGAGGUGUACAAAAGCGUCUUUGUGGAGGCGAGUGUUGGAGAGCAGGCGCACGUCACAGCCUCUUCCCAGGACGUGACUGCGCCAGAAUUCAACAAAAACUUCAGCUUUUCCGUGUAUACGCCCGUUGACACGCUGGAGCUGAAGGUCUUCGGGUGGACGCAUUUAAAAGAGAAGAAGUUCCUGGGGGAGGUGUCACUUCCCCUGUUCUCCAUAGCCCCCGGGGAGUCUUCCAUAUGCACAGGGGUUCCUGCCAUGUCUAUAGACAGCACAGCUUCUGUCUAUAAAAUAAAUGCAAAUCUGAUUUUGCAAGAAAAUGGAAGAGUAUGA